CACUCCACGCCUCCACCCAUGCAGUCCUGCACGAUUCCAAGCCGCGUCGCUCCUCCUCCUCGGCAGUUCCAAGCCGACCGAGCCCCCGAUUCUGCUCCCGGCGAGGAACCCCCAAAUCUCAGAUUCACUUCUUCCGAUUUGAAACCACUCCUCCCGACGCGACAAGUCCUACGCCGCCGAGUGGCUUCCUGAUCCGUCGCACGAGGAACAUCCCUCACCGACGCGCGCGAGGAGCGGGCCUCAUCGGUCCACCGCUGCCGCGCGCCUCCCUCCUCGGAUCGGUCCGCCGCCGCCAGUGGCCGGAGCCGCGGAUGCUGCUGUCCCGCCCGUCCUCGCCGCGUCGACCACUCCACCUCCUGCUGCAGCGCCCACGCGCCGCCCUAUUCGGCUUGCCGGCCACGCAGAAGGUUCUUGCCGAAGCGGCGGCCUUGGAAGGCGGCUCGCCGGCUGCAGUGUUCAACUGGGAGAACACCGUUGAUGCGGAGAUGGUGUACAUGGAUGUGGCCGACGAGCCAGCACUGCGCCGGCAGCCCAACGGCGUGCCGAAGGGCAUAGGGCUGGGCGCCCGCAACCUGUUCGACGAUUUGCAGAAACAGACGGUCAAGGUCAUUGCAAGCAUAGUAAUGUUCGAGCGAAGGCUUACUCUGAAGGGUAUGUUACAAUGGAAAAGACAGAUGUGCUACAUUAGGAAGCCUUGGCGGGAAGAAAAGGUCUUCCAUUUAUUAUGACAUUUGGAACAUAAAAUAUCUCAGGAAGUUCAAAUGGAAUGAUCUGGUUGGUGAAAUAGGUAUGUCGAAACUAAAUCUGUGAUAGCUGCAACUUCUGCUUGAUUUAUGUGAACUGUUCUAUAGGUCAUCUAAUCCUUGGAAUACAAUGCAGCUGACAAGAUUCAUAUUAGGCAGCAGAAAGUACACUUAGCGAUAACAGCUGCAAAAGAAACAAUGUGAUCACUAUCUCUCUAAUAAUGUUGUAAAAGUCCUGUAGACAGUAAUUUAUUCAAGAGCGAAUAAAAAAGGUCUGUAUUCUGUUUUUUAAA